AUGGGGCAAAACAGCUCCGAAUCCAACCCCGCCGCCAGCUGGCUGCAGGCGCGCUCCUCGCGCAAGAAGCGCUGCCCGUACAGCAAGUUCCAGACGCUGGAGCUGGAGAAGGAAUUCCUGUUCAACAUGUACCUGAGCCGCGAGCGGCGGCACGAGGUGGCGCGGCUGCUGAACCUCAGCGAGCGCCAGGUCAAGAUCUGGUUCCAGAACCGCCGCAUGAAGAUGAAGAAGAUGAACAAGGAGCAGGGCAAGGAGUGAGGCCGGAGGCAGAGCCCCCGGCAUCGGCGUUUUGCUCCAAACCGCCCCAAAAGCGGUGCUGGAUCCUCCCCACCGAGCUGAAAUUUUGGUUAUUUUCAGUUUUAACCCAAAGCCCGGCCCUUUUUGGGGUAAGGAAUCAGAGGACAGAGAGGCAGAGCCCUCUCAUCGUUUUUCUCCAAACUGCCCCAAAAGCGGUGCUGGUCCUCCCCCCACGAGCUGAAGUUUUGGUUAUUUUCAGUUUUUAAAUCACUUUUCUUCUGGAGGCAACUCCAGCGCGGCUCUUCGUGGGGCAAGGAGUGAAAGGAGACAGAGGAAGAGGCCCCAAAUCUCAGAAUUUAUCUCCAAACUGCCCCAAAAGCGGCGCUGGA